GGUCGCGGAUCGGAGCGGACGGCAGGACUGAGCGCAGGGCGGGGGACCUCCAGCCCGCCCGCCCGCCUGCCCGCGCUGACUGCGCCGGGCCCGCCGUCCACUGCGGGCCUGGCCCCGGGCCGAGGGCGGUAACCGGACCUCUGGCCUCCGCGCGCCUGGGGAUCGCCGAUCGCGGAUCGCGGACGGUGGCGAGCAUCGGCAGCCUGGGCCCACAUAGCCAGAGGGACCAAAGCUCCUUUUCCCGGACCAGCUGGUUGACAAGUCUCUGGACCCUCAGAAGGGCCUGGCAAAGCUUGUCCACAGAGCUGGACCACAUCCUCCAUCCCUGCUGUCCCCACAGUCCUGAAUGCUGUCCCUCUACCGCCAUGGCCAAGAUCAACAUCAACGAGCUCCCAGAGAACAUCCUGCUGGAGCUCUUCACGCACGUGCCCGCCCGCCAGCUGCUGCUGCGCUGCCGCCCCGUCUGCAGCCUCUGGCGGGACCUCAUCGACCUGGCCACGCUCUGGAAGCGCAAGUGCCUGCGCGAGGGCUUCAUCACCCGGGACGGGGACCAGCCCGUGGCCGACUGGAAGAUCUUCUACUUCCUGCGCAGCCUGCAAAGGAACCUCCUGCGCAACCCCUGUGCUGAAGAGGACAUGACGUCAUGGCGAAUCGACUCCAAUGGGGGACACCAGUGGAAGGUGGAGAGCCUCCCAGGAGACCAUGGGACUGACUUCCCCGACCCCAAAGUCAAGAAAUACUUCGUCACAUCCUUUGAAAUGUGCCUCAAGUCCCAGCUGGUGGAUCUCAAGGCCGAGGGCUACUGGGAGGAACUGAUGGACACAGUGCGGCCUGACAUCGUGGUCAAAGACUGGUUUGCCGCCCGGGCCGACUGUGGCUGCACCUACCACCUCCGGGUGCAGCUGGCCUCGGCCGACUACAUCGUCUUGGCGUCCUUCGAGCCCCCGCCUGUGACCAUUGAACAGUGGAGCGACGCCACGUGGAAAGAGGUCUCCCACACCUUCUCGGACUACCCCCCAGGCGUCCGGCACAUCCUCUUCCAGCAUGGGGGACUGGACACCCAGUUCUGGGCUGGCUGGUACGGUCCUCGUGUCACCAACAGUAGCAUCAUCAUCAGCCACAAACCAGCCAGGAACCCGGCCCCAGCCCCGCCGUCGCCCGAGAGGCUGCAGCUGCAGCGGAGAACAGAGGACAGCCCCUCGCUCUUCCCGCUGCGCUUCCACAGGCCGUGACGAGCCUCCGCCACGGCCACCAUCUUCCUUCCCGUCCUCGGUCCUAGUCAGCCACAGGCCUCCCCAGGCAGGAACUGAGCCUUCGGCAGGACCUCGGGCCCAGGAGCCCCUGCCUCCGUCCAGCGUCAGAAGCCCCCAGCUGGUGGGGAUUUACGGAUGCUUUGUUACAAUAAAUAUUUUCAGUAAAAC